AUGAGUGCUAAUACUCAUUUGAAAAAUUCUACAGACCAGCCGUUACAUAAAACUGAUCAACAUAUUGAAGGUGGAGUUUUAUCUUCAACAGCAGUGAUAAUACCUCAACAACAAAGUACACAACAAGAUGGACAAGAAAACCAAAUGAGAAAAAAGAAAUGUCGUGGCAAUCGAAAAAAGCAACGUUAUCGCCGACAACUUUAUAAUCAAGGUUUCGAUUCUGACACGGUAGCAAAAUUAGUUCAGGAAAAGUUCCAUCCUCAAGUGCAACAACAACAAAAUAAACCAAUAGUUGAAAAACAUGACUUAAAAAAUGGCCAAGAGACAGAGUCACCAAUAAAUAAUAUUCAUGAUCCUCCACUAAUCGAAACAGGAACGAAACGAAAAAGAAUUUUGUUAACACCAACAUCAACAACAGAAACAAUAUCAAUACUUGAUAAACCCAUAAGUCAAUUGUCAAUAUCACAAACAGGUCCUAAGAAAACCAAAACGACAACAACAAUCGAAACCACAUCGAUACUUGAUAAACCUUUUAGUCAAUUGUCCAUAUCACAAGAAGAUGCGAAGGACACCAAACCAACUACAGCAACUACAACAGCAUUUGUAAAUGAUGAAAUUAGCAGUGGUAAUAAUGAGCCAACAAAUAAUUAUUUAGAAAAUUUUAUACCACGUUAUUUAAAAGUACCUGAUCCAGUAUUUAAACGAAUGUUAGCUGAAAGUAUUGAAAAUGGUUCCAAAUUAAUUGAACCUUUAAAUACUUCUGAAAAACUUCAUGUUGUUCGUGAAAUAACUGAAAUUACCAAUAAUUUAUAUUAUAAAGAUUUUCAAGAAAAAUUAUGGCAAGAAUAUUAUAAUAUAAGUUCUCAAGACAACAAUUGGGAAUCCAAAAUAACUAAGCACUUUGCUCGUCAAAACAGUCUAUAUCAAAUGUAUAGACCAAAAAAAUCUUAUAUUCAAGAACGUCAAGCAACAAUUGCCAAACAAAAAGAACGAAUAGGCAAGCAAUUACAUGACUAUUUAACAAAAUUAUCAAAUUAUGUACAACAUUGGCAGCCACCGAUCGAUGGAUAUCUAUUAUCAAAUGCCAUUAAUGAAUGUGUUUUACAUGGUCAAAAAAGAUUAAAACAAGAAUUUCAAUAUAAAAAAGAAAUGAUAAAAUUAGAUUGCAAUGAUCAUCAAUUACUUAGAAAAUUUUAUGAAUUAAAACCGAAUGAAGAACUUAUUCAAUUAGCACAACAUUUAUGGCAAAUAACUGCUGAAGAACAGAAAACAAAAGAACAACAACAAAUACUCGAACAACGUAUUUAUUUAAAACGAUUACCACCAGAAACAGAUCAAAUGAUAGACCAACUACUUAAUGAUAAUCGAACAACACUUUCCAAUCUUUUUCUUGAUCCAGAUCAACGUGCUAAUUUUGCGUCACGUUGUUCAAAAACAAUCAUACAAUGUAAAUUUAAUUUAAUGAUUGUAGAAUUAGAUGAAUUUGCAAUUGUUACACAUCGUUAUAAUUUAACAUUAAAUAAUUUAAAAGAAAAAUUAUUAAAUCUUAAUAAACAGAAUCCACAUAUUUAUACAAGUUUACUGUUAAAUGUUAUUGAAGAACGUCGACAAGCAAUGAUACAACGAUUUAUUCGAAUACGUCAACAUAAAUUGAAGACUUUUUUCGACCAGGCUCCGACGGUGGACAACAAUUAA